AUGGAGUACCUCCAAGUUCCUUUCCUGGUGCUGUGUGGCAUGGCCUUCCUCGCCGGGGUGGCAUUGAACGGCUACAUCCUCUUUGUUGCCAGCUGCCAUGUGGAGAGGACAGCCAGUGCCGUGUGGUUCUGGAACCGGGCCCUAUCCGAUUUCAUCUUCAUCAUCUUCCUGCCCCUCAGAUUCACCUCCUUCUUCAUUCUGGACUUAAAUGGGGCCAACAUGCUGAGCAGCACCAUCACCUCCUUCCACAUGUUCUCCAGCGCCUUCUUCCUCACCACCAUCGGUGUCGAUCGCUGCAUCCUCGUGGCACACCCUGAGUGGGCCCGGAACCACCGCACGCCACCGUUAGCUUUCAUUAUGGGUUUGGGCAUGUGGGCCCUGUCUCUUGGGUUCAGCUUGCGGUAUGGUGAUCUCUGGGAAUCCCUCCUCUCACCUGCCAGCACCAGCCUGAAUUUCCGAGGGGAUGAACGGAGGGUGAAGGCCGCCAUUGCAAUCCAGUUCCUGGUCGGGUUUCUGAUCCCAUUAGCCUUGAGCUUGAUCCCAACAUUCUACAUUGUUCUAGCUGCCAAGCUGAGAAGGAACAGGCUGAUCCAGUCCACCAAGCCACUCAAGAUCCUUCUUGGUUUGAUCCCGACCUUUUUCCUCUGCUGGCUGCCGUAUCACGUCUUCUUCUUCUUGUUGAUGUCAGCUAAUUACCCUCUGUCUCUUUUGAACAGAGGAAGGGCUUUUGCUUAUGUCCUGACAUAUUUCAGCAGCUGCCUCAACCCCAUCUUGUAUCUCACUAUGGAGGAAGAGUUUCUGAGGUACCAGCAAUGUGCACGCAACUCCCAAACCACCGACAAGUUGGGGUCAGAGCUGGUUGGAUAG